CUGCCCAUACUUUCUCCUUCCUGUUAGGCGUGGUAUGAGCCCUGUGAGCAGCACCCAUGCUCUGGAAUAACACUAUGCAUGAAGAGAUGGCAGAAGAAUGUCUCUGCUACAAAGCACUGAUUUCAGGAAUUAGAGCUGUGGGUGAAGGGACCCUUAAAGAAUUAGUCUCAUGAGUAUGCUGGCUCAUGCCAGUAAUCUUAGCACUUGGGAAGUAGAAGGAGGAGGCUCAGAAGUUCAAGGCCAUCCUUAACUAUAUAAUGAGUGAGGCCAGUCUUAGCUGCAUGAAACUCUGUCUCUAAAUAAAUAAAAAGCCUCUGUUACAAAAUUCCUACCAACUAGUCCUUCCACUGACCACAAGAAAUGAGAGCUCCAGAGAGGAUGCUCUGAAGAUUCAUCCUGUACCCUCCCAAGAACCCUAGCCUAAGCCUUAAGGUGAAAGGCAGCCAUCUCCAACCACAUUGGACCUCCUUGUCUAUGUGGCUGUCUCCAUAGCUGGUGCAGUGGGAAUGGGUGCCUCUGCUAGCUUAGCUGGCUGUCUAGUACACUCCUGUUGAUUAAUAAAUAGAUGUGGAGGAGAGGGAUGGCACCCAUGGGGCUGGAAGUGGGAACUUUCUGGGAUAGAGGGGUUGGUACCCUCUAAGAGCAGCCUAUGAUCACUUAGAGAACAUCCUUUUGUUCUGUGGCUCCAGUCCACUUUGGUUUCCUUUGAAGGGGAAGAUGACUCAGCCCUCCUAUUCUAGCUCCUGCAGUCUAGCUGAGGAGAAGGCUUUGCAGAGACUCAAUUCCCUCUUGUUUAUGGGGUAGGGAGGGGAGGGCUGUCAGGUGCUGAGGAGGAGGUUGUUUCGUGGGUGGUGACAGCAAGAAGGCUACCAAUAAUAUAUUUGUAUACUUCCUAAUAAAGGAUCCAUCUCCCCCUCACACAGAGGUUCCUGAAGCUGGUAGAGCAUGGAUGAAAUUCCCUACACAGCUAGAAGCAGUGUUCUCAGCCCUCCUCCAGUUGUUGCCAGGCUACCUCUAGCCACAGGAGCUAUUCCCAUCUGUGGUAUACCCUAUUGCCUGCUGUUCAGUAGCUUAUGGCCCUUAUCUGUGCUCCUCUUAAUCUGGCUUGCCUAUGAUUGGAACACUCACAGUCAAGAUGGUAGGCGUUCAGCUUGGGUACGAAACUGGACCCUCUGGAAGUAUUUCCAAAGCUACUUCCCAGUAAAGCUGGUGAAGACCCAUGACCUUUCUCCGAAACACAACUACAUCAUUGUCUCCCACCCUCAUGGUGUUCUCCCUCAUGGUGCCUUCAUCAACUUUGCUACUGAAGCCACUGGCUUUUCCAGGAUUUUCCCAUCUAUCACUCCCUUUUUAGCAACCCUGGAAGGGAUCUUCUGGAUCCCAAUUGUACGAGAUUAUGUGAUGUCCAUGGGUAUAUGUCCAGUGAGUGAGUUGGCCCUGAAGCACAAGUUGACCCAGAAAGGCUCAGGCAAUGCUGUGAUCAUUGUGGUGGGUGGAGCUUCUGAAGCCCUCUUGUGCCGCCCAGGAGCUUCCAUGGUCUACCUCAAAAAUCAUAAAGGUUUUGUGAAGCUAGCACUCAAGACAGGGGCAUAUCUCGUCCCUUCUUACUCCUUUGGUGAGAAUGAUACUUUCAACCAAGAGACCUUCCCUGAAGGCACAUGGCUAAGGUUCUUCCAAAAAAACUUCCAGAAAAUUGGCAAAAAAAUCCUAGGCCUAAGUUUCUGUACUUUCCAUGGCAGGGGCCUCACUCGGAGCUCCUGGGGCUUUUUGCCUUUCAAUCAUCCAAUUACCACCGUUGUGGGAGAACCAAUGCCAGUCCCCACGAUCUACGAUCCCGACAAGGAGACCGUGGCAAAGUACUUUGAACUCUAUGUCAGUGCCCUACGAAAGCUGUUUGACCAACACAAAACUAAAUAUGGCUUCUCUGAAACCCAGGAGCUGGCAAUUGUAUAACAUAAGUCAGAAUGUCUGUAAACUACAACUCAAAUCCAUAAGAGAUCCAAGUGAAGUCUCAGGAAAGUGAUAACUUGGUGAUUGGCAAUCCAGCAAUUGAAUCCCCCACCUCCCAAAAUAGCCAAUACUGGUUGGGUAAAAGGGAGACAGGACAGGACUGGCGAAGGCUGAUUAAGGGGGGCACUUCUGUCACACCUUGUUGUUAUAUGACAAUGAACCAGUUUAAGUUCAUUCUUGUAAGUCACUCAUCAACUCCCCAAUAAAGGCAAUGCGAAGACAACAAACUCUGUGUCCCUUCCCCACAAACCUUAGUGGCAUGGUUUGUUCGUAUUUAGGCUUAAGCUUAGAAGCUUAACAGGACUGGUUUGGAUCCCCCAAGGCCAGGCCCUUACCUUAUUAUUUAAAGUCUGGAUAAACUGGGAGCCUGAACUGUGGCUUCCUAAUUCAGACAGUCAGGACUCUUAUCAAGUACACUAGUGUUUCAGAUGGCAGCACAAUCACAUUGCUUCACCCACAAAAAUAAAGCUCUAGAAUAAACCACUGUGCAACUCA